CCACACCAAGAACACGCCAUUGAUCUCCAACCUCCAUACAAGUGUUGAGAAUUUCGAGGCGAGAGGAGGUAGCUAGCCCAGCCAUGUCUCCCUCCCCUCAUCUUCUUCCUUCCACUGAUCGGGUCCUCCCCCGCGUCCUCAUCGUCUCCCGCCGCACCGUCCGCAAGAACAAGUUCGUCGACUUCGUCGGGGAGUACCACCUGGACCUGGUGGUGGGCUACGGCGCGGCGCCGGUCAUCGUGCCGCGGGUCGCCGGCGUGCACGCCAUGCUCGACUCCUUCGAGCCCAUCCACGGCGUGCUCCUCUGCGAGGGCGAGGACAUCGACCCCUCCCACUACGACGCCAGCGGUGAGGACUCCGCCGACGCGCUCUCGCCGGAGCAGCUCGAGGCGGUGCGGCGCCUCCAUCCGAGCGACGCCGCGGUGGACCACGAGAAGGACUCCAUCGAGCUCCUCCUCGCGCGCCGCUGCCUCGACCGCAACGUCCCCUUCCUCGGCAUCUGCCGCGGCUCGCAGGUGCUCAACGUCGCCUGCGGGGGGUCCCUCUACCAGGACGUCGAGCACGAGCUCCACCAAUCGGCCGACGCCGCCGUCUGCCACAUGGACUACGCCAACUACGACGGCCACCGGCACCCGGUGCGCGUGCUCCCCGGCACGCCGCUGCACGACUGGUUCGCCGAGUCGCUGCUCGACGGCGGCGACCAGCUCAUGGUGAACAGCUACCACCACCAGGGCGCGCGGCGCCUGGCCAAGCGGUUCGUGCCGAUGGCGCUGGCGCCGGACGGGCUGGUCGAAGGAUUCUACGACCCCGACGCGUACAGCCCCGGCGAGGGCAAGUUCAUCAUGGGGCUGCAAUUCCACCCGGAGCGCAUGCGCAAGGAGGGCUCCGACGAAUUCGACUACCCUGGCUGCACCAAGGUCUACCAGGAGUUCGUCCGCGCGGUGGUGGCAUACCAAGGGAAGCUGGCCGCCUCUCAAGUGCACGUCCGGAGCGCGGUCACCACGGCAGCGCCCAAACUGAACCAGGAAGUGGAGAAGCAGCGCAAGGUGAUCGUGCGGAGCGUCUCGCUCGCCAAGAACAUGCACGUCUUCGGCAACACCGCCGGCACGCAGCAGCAUCCGGCGGAGCACCUGGACGGCGGCGCGGAGGCGAUCCUGGAGUCGAACAGGGCGCUGAGCGUGCAGCAGGAGAAGCGGCUGAAGCAGAUGGGUGCGACGGUGCGGAACGCGUCGGGGUACAUGAACAGGCUCAAGGUGAGCGAGGAGCGGGAGGCGGCGGCGCGGGCGCUCAUGGCCAAGAUGUCGGUCGCCCAGCUCGCCAGCCUCGCCGCAUUCUACCGCGCCAUGGGCAACGCCUGCUCCGAGGUGCUCGACGGCAAGCUCCAGCCGCCGUCCCCAAGUCCAACCCUGCACGAGUGAAGCCGUGCUCUGUCUGUGAUCUGUCAACCUGGCCGGUAAUGCUUGCUCGGUUGAUCAUCAGAAAAUCCGAAUGUUGCAUGGCAUCCAUGCACGGUACUCCCUCUUGUAAACUAAUAUAAAAACAUCUAAAUUACUAAAGCAGAGUUUCAAAUGUAUUUAUAUUAGUUUAAGGUAAUUAAUUAAUCCAUGAUGUCGAUGUCAAUAUUACUCGAGAAGUGUUAGUUGACUUUGUUGAGGUGUGGAUGACGAAUGGAAAGACCAAGAGAGUAAGUAGUGUAGAUGAUUUGUAGUUGAGGUGUCAUUCUGAUCCAGUGGUCAGUCCCCUCGUACGUUAUCUGUCUUGUACACUAGUUUCUUCCUCAAAUUAGCUACUCCCUGUGAUUUAUAAUAUGGUACCGAAAUCCGUCUAAAUACUCCCUUCGUUUUUUUAGUCUGCAUAUAAGGUA